GUCAGUUUUGAUCUUUCGUUCGUAUCACACCUAUAGAUGAAGCUUCUUAUUACAAUUUUUGCCGGGCUUGUGCUUGGAUUGGCCGUAAAUCAACUAGAUGCGGCUACUGUUUUUACCAAUGACAAACGACCCGCUUUAAAUGUAGCGAUUAUUGGAGCUGGAGUAACGGGUAUUUGCAGCGCCAAGCACUGUCUUGCCGAAGGCCAUAAAGUGACAGUCUACGAACAAAAUGAAGAAAUCGGUGGCAUAUGGUACUACACGGAUAAAAUCGGCAAAGAUAAAUAUGGCAUUCCAAUCCAUACAUCGAUGUACCAAGGGCUAAGAACGAAUGUGCCUUACCAAGUGAUGAGUUUUCCCGACUUUUCUUAUCCAACGAAUACAACACAGUUCCCACCACAAGCAGACGUACUGAAAUAUCUCCAUUCGUAUGUAAAUCAUUUCGAUGUGAAAAAGAGCAUCAGACUCAGUCGUUUGGUCGUUCGGGUGCUUCCGAUUGAAAACGAUAAAUGGGAAGUGCUUGUCAGAAAUUUGCGCACGAAUACAUACGAAACGAAAAUUUAUGAUGUCGUUUUCGUUUGCAAUGGCCAUAAUUCGAAGCCGUUUAUUCCACAUAUUGAAGGUGCCGAUGAGUUUAAUGGACAACUUAUUCACAGUCAUGAUUAUCGCAAACCGGAACCAUUUCACAGCAAAAAUAUUCUCGUUAUAGGUGGUGGGACAAGCGGAAUCGACUUGGUAGUUCAAACGUCAAAAGUCGCAAACCGCGUAACAUUCAGCCAGCAUAAAAUUGUGAAUGAAACAGAGGAGGCUCGUAUGGAACGUCAAAGUCUAUUCGCAUCCAAUGUGAUACUAAAAGAUGAUGUGAAGCGUUUCACUUCGACUGGCGCAGAAUUCAUCGAUGGAUCCCACGAAACAUUUGAUGUGGUGUUCUUCGCAACAGGUUAUAAUUUUUCGUUUCCAUUUUUAAGUUUGGACGCUGGUGUUUAUGUUGAGAAAAAAUUAGUUCAGCCAUUGUAUAAGCAAAUCUUCAAUGUGGAACAUCCAACAAUGGCUUUUAUUGGUCUACCAGCGCUUGCCGCAACCACUCAUAUGUUCGAUUUUCAAGUUCGAUUCGCGAUGAAAUUCUUACCGGGUGCAAAGAAAUUGCCAACAAAAGCAGAAAUGUUAAAAGAUGUUCAAAUUCAAAAGACGAAAAAACUUCCAUUCAUAUCGUUGAACGAUCAGAGAGAAUAUAUAAAAGAACUAUCGGCAUUAGGAAACAUCGAACCCGUGGCAGAUGUUUUCUUGGAUUUGUACGCAGAUAAUCAUAUAGCACGUAGUCGGAACCAUAAUGAAUUCCGAAAAUAUCAAUAUUUUGUGAUCGAUGACAAAUCAUUUAAAAAAGAAAAAUACUUGAUAUAGAAGCUUUGUUACUAUUUUAAUAUUGUACAGAAGAAUAAUCACGGUACAUUAGUCGUGUAUAAAGAAAAUAAAUCUAUUAAAACCAUAGCUUUUUGAAUAUGCAUUUUGGAGAAUAACAUGAACCGUUACGGUACCGUGAGGGUGUUGAAUCGGUUGGAUCUUUCAUGAGGCUGAUUCGCUACGAUUUCAAAUCGGAUGGGUAGUCAUUUGACCGGUUUGAAAUGUACAAAUUACAUGCAACAAUUAUCAUGAAUAUGCACAAUACCAAAAUUUUGAUCCGAUCCACUUAAAACUUUAGUGAAGUUAUUUUCUAAGAAGAAAAAAACCAGGACAUGCCAGAUGAUAUUAUACAUUUAGUGUAAAAAAUUGUACAUUUUAGUAGAAUAAACGAUUUUUUGAAAUUUAA